UCUCGCGCUGACAAACUGUCGUGCCUGUGAGCAAAUGAUCCUACUUAAAGUGGAAUUAGCGCGGGGAGCUCCACGGUCCACGCACACACACACACACACUUAGCCACGGACACGCGCACGCGCGCAGCAACCAUGCCUACAAACGGCUGUCGUCGAGAGCCCACAGCUCAUCUCGCGCAGAAGUGCACCGCGAAGGAAGUAGCCGUCACUUCCACGCCUUCUCCUCCUAUGUGAAAAUGUGGGACUGUUGUUAGACUUUCCCUCUCUUAUAUUAGUCGUGUUUCCUCCUUUUUUUUCCCAACUGCACACUUUGCGUCUGAGUGAGAUCGUGUCCGAAUGAACAGUCAUGGGAGAGUGGACCAUAUUGGAGCGUCUCUUGGAGGCGGCUGUCCAGCAACACUCCACUAUGAUAGGAAGGAUCCUGCUCACUGUGGUGGUGAUUUUCCGCAUUCUGAUUGUGGCCAUAGUCGGAGAAACCGUGUACAAUGACGAGCAGGCCAUGUUUGUAUGUAACACUCUACAGCCUGGCUGUAACCAGGCCUGUUACGACAAAGCCUUCCCCAUCUCCCACAUCAGGUACUGGGUGUUCCAGAUCAUCAUGGUCUGCUGCCCCAGCCUCUGCUUCAUCACCUAUUCUGUCCAUCAGUCUGCCAAGCAGAAGGAGCGACGCUACUCCACAGUCUUCCUCUCGCUGGACAAGGAACAAGACUCGACCAAGACGGACGACAGCAAGAAGAUCAAGAACACCAUUGUGAAUGGCGUCCUGCAGAAUUCCGAGAACUCCAACAAGGAGGCGGAGCCCGAUUGCCUCGAGGUCAAGGACAUUCCCAACUCAGUCCUGCGAACUACCAAGUCAAAAAUGAGGAGACAGGAAGGCAUAUCCAGGUUCUACAUCAUCCAGGUGGUGUUCAGAAAUGCCCUGGAGAUCGGCUUCUUGGUGGGCCAGUAUUUCCUGUACGGAUUCAACGUCCCUGCGGUGUACGAGUGUGACCGAUACCCCUGCAUAAAGGAUGUUGAGUGCUAUGUCUCGAGACCUACAGAGAAAACUGUGUUCUUGGUCUUCAUGUUCGCAGUCAGUGGUAUUUGUGUGGUGUUCAACUUAGCAGAGCUCAACCAUCUGGGCUGGAGGAAGAUCAAAGCUGCAGUUCGAGGCGUGCGAGCAAGGAGGAAGUCCAUUUAUGAGAUCCGGAACAGAGACCUGCCUAGGAUGAGUAUGCCCAACUUUGGACGUACUCAAUCCAGUGACUCUGCAUACGUGUAAAUGUGUGUUGUACAUGUACAAAUACUGUAUACGGAAACUCCUGGUACCAAGUAUCUGUCAGUACUCCUUUGGGGGCAUGUUUAAUCUUUCCCAAAACAUAUAUGAACCUUUGUCUUAGCCUGGUCAUUUCUAUGACUGACUUUAUGUCUGAAUUGUUAGGUUCGUUUUUUUUCUUUUACGACAUGAAAAUCUGAAUGGUUUGAUUCUUUAAACGUGAGGUUCUGAUGAGGAUGGUUGUCACCUUUGAGCACAUCUUACAGGUAUUCACUAAUACGCUAUCACAAAUGUAGAAGGGCAGUUUCAACAUGCAGCUCUUUUUUCUCAUUCAUUUUUUUUUAUCGGACAUAAGCAUCUUCUGAAAAUGGACAUUCAUCCAUCCAUCCAUUUAGUACCGCUCACCAGCUCAGUGGCCUUGUGGUUAGAUUGUCCACCCUGAGACUGGAAGGUUGUGAGUUCAAUCCCUGGCCGAGUCAUACCAAAGACCAUAAAACAAUUGGACCCAUUGCCUCCCUGCUUGGCACUCAGCAUCAAGGGUUGGAAUUGGGGGUUGAAUCACCAAAUGAUUCCCGAGCGUGCCGCUCGCUGCUGCUCACUGCUCCCCUCACCUCCCAUGGCGAUGGGUCAAAUGCAAAGGACACAUUUCACCACACCUAGUUUGUGUGUGACGAUCGUUGGGACUUUAACUUUAACUUAUCCAGUGUCGGGCCGUGCGUUUCCCACCUCGGCCUUCAGUGAUGUCCGACUUCAAUGAUUACCUCUCAAAAUACCAUCAUUUAUGUCACCACAUGACCAAUACUGGAGAAAUACUAUACAGAAACACAUUUACGCACUACUGGGGAUUGAAUCACCUCAACAGUGGACAAAACGGGUUAUUUUCUGGCGCAUUUAAAAAUCAAUAAACCCGCAUCAGCAAUUAAAACAUAUCUUAUGUGGUACUGUCAAAAUUAAAAUAGCAAAAAAACAUAUUAAACGUGAAAUUAAAGAUUUUAACUCAUAAUUUGUAGCACCCAUUCGACGCCGUAUAGCCCCCGUAGUCGGUUGAUUCGAGAGGAAAUGGCGGGCAUUUCCUCAUUUCAUCGCCGACAUCGUCUCAGAAGAUGUAGAUUCUCUUUAAAUAUCUUUCCUGAAAAUGGCCUUGCAAAUAUAUAUCAAUAUAUCUCCUUCUUUGUAGGUCAACACUCACUUUGGAAUGACAAGUGAGUAUCCAAUCACAGUCUUGUUAACAUUAGGCUACUUAGAUAGGCUACUGUCAACAACUUGUGAUCUGAUUGGCUUUCGCAACUGUCUAUCAACUGUAUGUGUUCUCGAAUGUGAGUAUCCAAUCACAGGACGCGUAAAUGUCACGUUCAACCUUAGGCCAUCUAGAAGGCCUUACUGACAACAACUCGUGAUCUGAUUGGCUAUCGCAAUUGUCUAUCAACUGUUUGUGUCCGUUCCACUUACAGUGCACGGACGCCUGCAUUGUUGAUUCUGAAGGCCUCGGGCAGACUUCGUACAGCAUGGCAACAUAAGCCAGCUGAAUUCUGAUUGGAUACAAACUCGAACCUAAAAACAACAGCGCUGGAAGGAGCAUAAUAUGACAUGAAGAGAAUAUGAAUACUUUUAGAUAUUUAGGGAAAGUACAUUAUGAAUUACUUUUGUCUUUAAUUAGGAUCAUGAUUUCUGGUUAUGUUAGGCCUUUUGGGAUUACGUGGUGUGCUGGAGCCUAUACCAUCUGCAUUCGGGCGGAAGGCAGUGUACCCCAGACUUUGUUAUUCUGAGACAUGUGUACUAACCACUGCACCACUGUGCUGGACACAUAAGCUAGAAUGUACUGUAUAUAUUCUACAAUUAUCUUAAAAUAAUAUUUAACAUUUCUAUUUUAAUACAGGAUUCACGGCUAUAUUAUAAAUAGUGCUGUCAGACAAUUACAUGUGUGUAUUAAAUAUGUGUAUAUUAUAUGUCCAGACUUGAGGGACACCCUGUAAAAUUUGAAAUAACAUUAUUGUACACUUUUUUUCAGAUGGUUUAACAUAUGUUCUUUUAGUUUUUCUGGACGCGAACCUCAUUGGAAAAAGGUUUUGGACAACACUGAAUGAUGGUCAUAUAUACAGUAUUUACAAGCCCAAUGAACAGCAACUAUAUUGUCUUCAUAUUCAAGCGGUUCAAUAUCAUCCAACAGAAAGAUGAGUAAGAUUAAUUAAACAUGUAUAAAUGUUAUGAAUAAAGGAUAUUUUUUGCAUUCACCACUGACCUUAAAACGAUGUUACAUCACACCUAAGCGCCAUUUUUAUUUAUGUAUUUAUUUUUUAGUAUUGUCAAGUGCCAUUCAUCUACUGUAUAUACACUCAUAUAACUUAUCUAACCAAUAUAGACAACCUCUAUCUAAGGAAAUGCAUGUGACACGUCACACAGUCUUUGUAGACAUCAUGUUUUUCGGUGGGUGUUUUUUGAUUUGGGUCCACACUAUGUCACUUUAAAAAAAAUAUCUGCAAUAAAAAGGAGCCACAUGACCAAAUAUAAGGUGUCUGAUUUUGACAUGAACGAAAAGACUACAGGUUUUAAAAGAUUCUGGGAAAUAUUAUUCUGUGUCAAUACUUUACAUGUACAGUUGGGGGGAAAAAAAGUACUUGAUCGCCUGCUGAUUUUGUAAGUCUACCCACCUUACAAAAAGUUACAAAAACGAGUGUCAUUAAACAGGUCUGCAGUACCCGGAGGAGUUCAGGUCAAAAAUGAAGGACUCCUGCCUUGGAGAAGCCAAACAAUCAGUUUUAUAUUCCUACUCCCUGUCUGAGUGUGUGUGCUGGGUCAGGAGCGUUAAUCCUGACUAUAAAGGGUGUGUUUGUGUGUAAGUGACUGAAAAACAACAUCAAUCAAUCAAUGUUUAUUUAUAUAGCCCUAAAUCACAAGUGUCUCAAAGGGCUGUACAAGCCACAACGACAUCCUCGGUACAGAGCCCACAUACGGGCAAGGAAAAACUCACCCCAGUGGGACGUCAAUGUGAAUGACUAUGAGAAACCUUGGAGAGGACCGCAUAUGUGGGUAACCCCCCCCCCCUCUAGAGACCGAAAGCAAUGGAUGUCGAGUGGGUCUGACAUAAUAUUGUGAAAGUCCAACACAUCAGCGAAAGUCCAGACCAUAGUGGGGCCAGCAGGAACCAUCCCGAGCGGAGACGGGUCAGCAGCGUAGAGAUGUCCCCAUCCGAUGCACAGGCUAGCGGUCCACCCCGGGUUGGGAGCAGAGUAGAAAAGAAAAGAAAAGAAACGGCAGAUCAACUGGUCUAAAAAGGGAGUCUAUUUAAAGGCUAGAGUAUACAAAUUAGUUUUAAGAUGAGACUUAAAUGCUUCUACUGAGGUAGCAUCUCUAACUGUUACCGGGAGGGCAUUCCAUAGUAUUGGAGCCCGAAUAGAAAACGCUCUAUAGCCCGCAGACUUUUUUUGGGCUCUGGGAAUCACUAAUAAGCUGGAGUUCUUUGAACGCAGAUUUCUUGCCGGGACAUAUGGUACAAUACAAUCGUCAAGAUAGGCAGGAGCUUGACCGUGUAGUAUUUUAUACGUAAGUAAAACCUUAAAGUCGCAUCUUAAGUGCACAGGAAGCCAGUGCAAGUGAGCCAGUAUAGGCCUAAUAUGAUCAAACUUUCUUGUUUUUGUCAAAAGUCUAGCAGCCGCAUUUUGUACCAACUGUAAUCUUUUAAUGCUAGACAUAGGGAGGCCCGAAAAUAAAACGUUACAGUAAUCGAGACGAGAUGUAACGAACGCAUGGAUAAUGAUCUCAGCAUCGCUUGUGGACAAAAUGGAACGAAUUUUAGCGAUAUUACGGAGAUGAAAGAAGGCCGUUUUAGUAACACUCUUAAUGUGUGACUCAAACGAGAGAGUUGGGUCGAAGAUAAUACGCAGAUUCUUUACCGAGUCGCCUUGUUUAAUUGUUUGGUUGUCAAAUGUUAAGGUAGUAUUAUUAAAUAGAUGUCGGUGUUGAGCAGGACCGAUAAUCAGAUGCCGAUCGUAGCUUAGAUGUUUACAUCAAGCUAAAUACUUUAUGUAGUCUCUUCUCACGGAUAGGGCCAUCACCUUCGCAUACCAAGGUCCAAUUUUAUUGCCUUUUCUUCCGCGAGAACUAAUCCAAUCCACACACAAAUGUCAGUACUAAAGGGCCCUAUGUUAUUAUGUGCCCAAACUGAAAUACCUACUAGUUAACCUGGUGGUUUGCUUUCUCCAAGAUGAAUAUAAACAUUCACCAUAUGUAGUAUAUAACAUGAGUUAAUUAAUUCACUUCAAUAACAUCAAAUAAAAGUAUAAAUUGAUUGAUUUGAUUGAGUGAAUUAUGUGUCUGAUGCCAAUACAAAACAUGACUUAGUACUUUUUGUGUAGUUUGCCAGGGUAGUACACAUCUCAAGAUGGAAAAACAUCUUUAUUUUACAAACAAUGAAGAAAAAACUGUCUUGAAAGAUGAGUAACGGUGGGGUUUUGUUUGCAUGGAGUUUGUGAAGACCUAGUGUGACCAACUGGCACACUUUUGGAAUGCCUGAUUCUAACGUUGAUAAACAUGUGAAAAAAAUAUUUUAUAUUUUUUACAUUUUUGUGGUAUCGUGGUCAAAUUUGAAAUGGGAUUAGGUAAGAAGACAAGGUAUGGCUCAAGUGGGGGUUUUAGUCCAUAUCACCAAAUGCGUUAUUUUUAAGGCACGUGUUUCUGAAAUAAAUAAAUACUUUUCUUAUUUUCAAUGUAUUCAAACUCCUACAUCUCCUGACAAAGGUAUGGAUUCAACAGACUUAGAGGAUGUUCAUUCAGGUGUUAGAGAAAAGACAUGACACUAAAUUCUUGUCAUUUCAGAUGUCAACUUUCUGGCUUCAGGAAACCCUAAAAGAAAUCAAGGCUAUAUAGUGUGGUAGUCAGUAACAGUUUCAGUUUUGGAUCAAUCAGAGUAAAAUAACAGAUAAAGAUACUGUAUCAUAAAAAAGUAAAACAAAAAAACACUACAAAACACCACCGGUAGUUUGCUGCACCACCUCAGGUUUUUACAGUUUGCAGUUUCUGAGGCAUAGACUUAACGAGUGACAAACAGCACUCAUUGUCAAUCCUCCAACUUUGGCUUUCUUACAGUUUGAUCACAGACUGUGACUCUAGUUUCCGCCACGAUGGUUUCUUUGGUUUAACAAAAUGCUUGACUUUUACAGCCUUCUCAUGUUGUUUGUACUUGGUCCAGAUUUUAGUCACAUUUUUUGCAACAUUGCGUGAUGGUUUACCUUUUAACUGAAGUUUUAUAAUCCUCUCCUUUGUUUCAAUUGACAUCUCUCAUGUUGGAGUCAUGAUUCAUGUCAUCCAUCUGGUGCAGCAGCUCUCCAAGGUGUGAACACUCAUUUUUAACAGUAGACUAAUGAACAGAUUGAAUCUGAUGCAGGUGUUGCUUUGAAAAUGAAAAUGUACAUGGUGAUUUGAGUGGUUCUAUUUUUUUUUUUACUCUGCUUGAUCUAAAAAAUUAACUGGCACUGAAGCCAGAAUGUUUCCAUGAUUUGUUAUGUGUAAUGUCUGUUAGCUGCAUUUUUUUCUACAAAAUUAAAUAACUGA